GUCACGUUGUUGUCCUUUCAGUCUUAGUUGUGGAGGGUGCCGUUCAGGUUCAGGUUGUUGUCCUUUCAGUCUUAGUUGUGGAGGGCGCAGCUCAGCUCCAGGUCCAGUUGCCGUUGCUAGUUCAUAUCUCUGAGCAAACCACUUUCUCUUUUCGUAACCUCAUUCUCACUUAUUCAACAAGUAUUUUCAAAGACGGGCACUGUGCUAGGUCCUGGGGAUGAAGCAGUGAACAAAACAUAAAAAUCUUUGUGUGCAUGGAGUUUACCUUCUAGAGGGGGAGACCACCACCACCAAGACAGAAUGCAUGGUUAAUUUAGUGAUGCCAACUGGUAAACAGAGAAAUGAAGCAGGCUGGGGAGGGCAGGAGUGUUGGUCUGAGCGACAGGUUGCAGUGGUCAUGGAAAGCCUCACUGAGAUGACAUUUGAGCAAAGAUGUGAAGGAGGGAAGGGGUAAGAUGUGUAUAUGUGGAAGUCAGAGCAUUUCAGGCAGAAGCAACAGCCAGUGCAAAGGCCCUGAGACAGGAAUGGAGCUGGCCCAUUGAAGGAGUAGCCAGGAGGCCAUGGGGGCUGUGUAGGCCAUCAUAAGGACUUUGAUUGAGAUGAGGGUCACUGCAGGGUUUUGAGCAGAGGAGGGACAUGGUUUGGCCUUAGUCCUUUUGUCUAUAAAUUAUCUUAUGAGUUUGUUUGAUUGAAAUAAGCCACAUAAGGUACCUAAUAAUAGCAUUCAGUAAGUGCUGGUGGCUAGUCCUGGGGUUGGGCGGCAGCGAAGUGGGUGAGACAAAAAAUAUUUGCAGUAAAAGGCAGGGUGGGGGCCUUCCUUUAUUGAGACAUAUUGAAAGACAGCAUGUUGUAGGGGGUAAUAGCAUCCACUGUGGAGAUCUGCCGCCUCCCUUCAGCUCCUGGCCCUGCUGCUUGUUACUGGUGUGACUUCAGGGGAUUGACUUACCUAUCUGGCUCUCAGUCUCUUUCUCUGUACAACUGAGUUAAUAACUGUAACCAUUUUCUAGGGUUACUGGGAAGAUGCAUUGAGUCAACACAUGUAAAGGAUUUAGAGGUGUACUUGGUAUGUGGAAAUAACUCAUUUAAUGUCACACAUUAUUAAAUAUUACCUUUAUCGUUAUUAACAGACUAGAUUGUCAUCACAAGGCAGCUUGUUAUAGGGGAAUGGUCCCUAGGUCCUGGCAUCAGAGAGACCCCUGUCCCCAUUUCUUCAGUUUCCCCACUAAUGAAAUGGGACCAAUAAUGGCACGGGACUGUUGUGAUGCAUCAAGGAGUUCCUAUCCAACUGGUCUAACGAUAAACAUGAGCUGUUAGGAUUGUGACUAUGGUUGCUGUGGGGCUCCUGUCCAUUGGGACCAUUCCCCCAUCAUGCGUCUGCAACCCUCCCGUGAUAUAUCUCCCCUUAGAAAGGCACCAAUCAAUAUAAGUCUUGGGUCCCCUAAAAGCAGAAAUAUCUCUUGUUUCCCAGUGGAAAUAAUCGUUGAGCCUGGUCAGUUCUGUCCUCCAAGAACACCCCUCCUUCUCUGUCAGCCCUUUGGGCCGUCAUCAUAACCUCACUGUCUCCCCUCCCCCCGAUUCCUUAUGGGAAAUCCCCUAGAUGUAAACUGCAUCUCUGCUAAAUGUCUCCCUCCCUUCCUUGUGGAGUUCUGGUCACCUUAGUUUCAUCCUUUCACUUACUCAACAAAUAUUUAUUAACAUAGGCAUUUAUAGCCUUAAGUUUACCUCUGAGCACUGCUUUAGCUGCAUCUCCCACGUGUGUGGCGUUUCCAUUUCAUUCAUCUAAUUUCCUUGGUGAUACCUUUGUGGACCCAUUGGUGAUUUAGAAGGGUGCUGUUUCAUUUCUAGAUAUCAUCAGAUAUUUGUGGAACACCCAUACUGUGCCAGGUGCUGUGCUAAGUGCUGGGAUACAGCGACUAACACGGUGGGCCGAGUGCUUGCUGUUAGGUGAGGAGGACAGAAAGGAAACAUAGCAAAGGAAAUAGACACAGUAAGUCAGUGGUAAUAAGCAUGAUGAAAAAAUGCAGCAGGAUGAGGUCCUAGCAAGUGAUGGGGUGGGAGAGUGGGGUGUCACCUCUCUUGGAAGUGACGUGUGAGCAGAGACCAGAAGGAGGCACAGGAGAGAGCCUUGAGACCUGGACAAGAAUGUUCCAGGCAGAGUGCAGCCUCAUCACAUCACUGUUGCUUCUGCUCAGGAUGGUGACCAUCUCUCUCUCCCACCCAUCCCUUCGUAACACAGAGAGCACUCUCAAAUAAGGGUCCUAGCCCUAUAGUUCCACCCCUGCCUUUCUCCACCUCAGGGAACAACCCUGGGAGAAGAACCCUGUGCUGGGAGGGGUGGGUCAAUCCACAGACUUGCUCUGUGACCUUGGGCAAAUCACUUGACCUCUCUGUGUCUUGUGCUCUCAUUUGCCAGGUGGGGAUAACCACUGCUCCUGUGUCAUGGUCUCGUGGAGUUGUGGUAGGGAUUUAGUGAGUCAGUCUGUGUGAUGUGUGUAGAAUGGCGCUGGCCUGUAGGAAGUGCCCAGUCAAGGGUAGCUGUCAGUAAUACGUGCUCUGAUGGAGGGUCUCGCACUCCACUCCCGGUGGAGAUGGAGGCAAAUGCGGCGGGCAGCGGCGGCGGGGGUGGCGGCAUUGGGGGCGAGGACGGGGUGCACUUCCAGAGCUACCCCUUCGAUUUCCUGGAGUUCCUCAACCACCAGCGCUUCGAGCCCAUGGAGCUGUAUGGGGAGCACGCCAAGGCGGUGGCGGCCCUGCCCUGCACCCCCGGCCCCCCACCGCAGCCCCCGCCGCAGCCCCCACCGCCUCAGUAUGACUACCCACCGCAGUCUACCUUCAAGCCCAAAGCUGAGGCACCCUCGUCGUCGUCGUCCUCGUCAUCCUCCUCGUCGUCGUCCUCCCAAUCCAAGAAGCCUGACCCGCCCCUGCCUCCCGCCUUUGGGGCGCCCCCACCCCCCCUCUUUGACGCUGCCUUCCCUGCCCCGCAGUGGGGCAUCGUUGACCUCUCGGGACACCAGCACCUGUUUGGGAACCUGAAACGUGGAGGGCCCGCAUCUGGGCCGGGGGUGACGCCGGGGUUGGCCACUGCCGUGGGGACCUCAGCGCCGCUCCCCUCCCCUUCGCAGACCCCGCCGGGGCCCGCUGCAGGGGCAGCCUGCGACCCCACCAAGGACGACAAGGGCUACUUCCGCAGGCUGAAGUACCUGAUGGAGCGGCGCUUCCCCUGCGGCGUUUGUCAGAAGUCCUUUAAGCAGUCGUCGCACCUGGUGCAGCACAUGCUGGUGCACUCGGGGGAGAGGCCAUACGAGUGCGGCGUCUGUGGCCGCACUUACAACCACGUGUCCAGUCUCAUCCGCCACCGCCGCUGUCACAAGGAUGUGCCACCCGCCGCCGGGGGCCCAGCGCAGCCAGGUGCGCCUCUUCCGCCGCUGGGCCUGCCCACGCCCGCUGCUGCCGGAGGGGGUGCCCCCACAGUGGUCCCCGCCGGCCCUCCUGCCACACCCGCAGCCCCCACUGCCUCAGCCGAUGGGAAUGCAGCCCCCGGAACACCGGCGGGUGUGGGUGUGCCUCCGCCCGCGGCGGGGGGCGGUGAGGGCCCCUUCGCCUGCCCUCUCUGCUGGAAGGUCUUCAAGAAGCCCAGCCACCUGCACCAGCAUCAGAUUAUCCACACGGGCGAGAAGCCUUUCUCAUGCUCCGUGUGCAGCAAGAGCUUCAACCGCAGGGAGAGCCUCAAGCGCCACGUGAAGACGCACUCGGCGGACCUGCUGCGCCUGCCUUGCGGGGUCUGCGGCAAGGCCUUCCGCGACGCCGCCUACCUGCUCAAGCACCAGGCGGCGCACGCGGGCGCGGCAGGGCCCCGGCCCGUGUACCCCUGCGAUCUAUGUGGCAAAUCCUAUUCCGCGCCGCAGAGCCUUCUCCGCCACAAGGCUGCGCAUGCGCCACCCGCUGCCUCCGAUGCUCCCAAGGAUGCAGCGGCUACUAUCCCUCAGCCCGCGGCUGCCUUCCCCCCAGGCCCUUACCUGCUGCCGCCCGACACCCCUGCAAGUGACAGUGAGAAGGCCGCGGCGGCUGCGGCGGCCGUGGUGUACGGUGCCGUGCCCGUGCCGCUCCUGGGAGCACACCCACUGCUGCUUGGUGGCGCAGGGACAAGCGGAGCGGGUGGUACUGGCACCAGCGGCCCCGGGAAGACGUUCUGCUGCGGUAUUUGCGGGCGUGGCUUCGGUCGCCGCGAGACCCUGAAGCGCCACGAGCGCAUCCACACGGGCGAGAAACCACACCAAUGCCCGGUGUGUGGGAAGCGCUUCCGCGAGUCCUUCCACCUGAGCAAGCACCACGUGGUGCACACCCGUGAGCGCCCCUACAAGUGCGAACUCUGCGGCAAGGUCUUCGGUUAUCCGCAGAGCCUGACGCGCCAUCGUCAGGUGCACCGGCUGCAGCUGCCCUGUGCCCUGGCUGGGACUGCCGGCCUCCCCUCCACACAGGGCGCGCCGGGGGCCUGUGGCCCAGGUGCCUCGGCCACAUCCUCAGGGGCCGCUGAGGGCCUGAGCUACGCGUGCUCGGACUGCGGCGAGCACUUCCCGGAUCUCUUCCACGUCAUGAGCCACAAGGAGGCGCACAUGGCGGAGAAACCCUAUGGCUGCGACGCCUGCGGUAAGACCUUCGGCUUCAUUGAGAACCUCAUGUGGCACAAGCUGGUCCACCAGGCCGCCCCCGAGCGCCUGCUCCCGGCCACGCCUGGCGGCCCGCAGCCUCCGGAUGGCUCCGGCGGCUCCGAGGCGGCCAGCGUGCUGGACAACGGGCUGGCAGGGGAGGUCGGGGCGGCCGUGGCGGCACUGGCAGGGGUAUCAGGGGCCGAUGACGCUGGCGGGGCGACGGCGGGGGGCGGUGGGGGCACCAGCUCGGGCCCGGAGCGCUUCAGCUGCGCCACAUGCGGCCAGAGCUUCAAGCACUUCCUGGGCCUAGUCACUCACAAGUAUGUGCAUCUGGUGCGGCGGACCCUGGGCUGCGGCCUCUGCGGCCAGAGCUUUGCGGGCGCCUAUGACCUGCUCCUGCACCGGCGCAGCCACCGGCAGAAGCGGGGCUUCCGCUGCCCUGUGUGCGGCAAGCGCUUCUGGGAGGCUGCCCUACUGAUGCGCCAUCAACGCUGCCACACAGAGCAGCGGCCAUACCGGUGUGGCGUGUGUGGCCGAGGCUUCCUGCGCUCCUGGUACCUGCGGCAGCACCGUGUGGUGCACACGGGCGAGCGGGCCUUCAAAUGUGGCGUGUGCGCCAAGCGCUUCGCGCAGUCGUCCAGCCUGGCCGAGCACCGGCGGCUGCACGCUGUGGCCCGGCCCCAACGCUGCGGCGCCUGCGGGAAGACCUUCCGCUACCGCUCCAACCUGCUGGAGCAUCAGCGGCUGCACCUCGGCGAGCGCGCCUACCGUUGCGAGCACUGUGGCAAGGGCUUCUUCUACCUGAGCUCUGUGCUGCGCCACCAGCGUGCCCAUGAGCCGCCACGGCCCGAGCUCCGCUGCCCCGCCUGCCUCAAGGCCUUCAAGGAUCCCGGCUACUUCCGCAAGCACCUAGCAGCCCACCAGGGCGGCCGGCCCUUCCGCUGCUCCUCCUGUGGCGAAGGCUUCGCCAACACCUACGGCCUCAAGAAACACCGCCUGGCUCACAAGGCCGAGGGCCUCGGGGGUCCUGGAGCAGGGGCCAGCACCUUGGCUGGGAAGGAGGCCUGACCAGAGGGCUUCCUGUCCGCCACUCCACUCAGAUGUCCCCUUCCAGACUCACUCCUUACCGGCCGCAGGUCAGACUCUUCCCCCCUCCUUGCUGUUACCUCCUCUAUCCUUCAGACAGACUAGCCCCCUCCAAGGCCGUGCUGUACAAACUCAAGGCUGAAUCACUCCAACCUGGACCUCUGUGGCCCUCCUCUCAUCCUGUCCCGCACUGAAUUCGAUCUGCCGUCUAACCCCGUUCUGUAAUUCCCUCCGCCUCCCGCCCCAGCAGCAUUUUCCCCCACAAGCUUCGGUGGAGAUGGGCAUGAACUGCUCAUCCGCCUUCCUUGGGAUCCGGCCGGACAGUGGUACACGAGCAGAGUUGGGAGGGCACAUGGGGGCCUGGGUGCUCUUUUGGAUUGUGGGGUGGGGGGCGGGGUGGCAGACGCGGCUUGUACAGAGCAGAGAUAAUAAACCUUAUCACCAGGG